AUGAAGUAUGAUGGAACACAAGAUCCCCUGGAACACUUAACGGCCUUUGAGGCCAGGAUGAACUUGGAAGGAGUAGGUGACGAGGUAAGAUGUCGCGCCUUCCCGGUCAUCUUGGCUGGCCCAGCAAUACGGUGGUUCAAUAACCUCCCACAGGGCUCGGUGACCCAAUUAUCCGACAUCAGCCAUGCUUUCCUAGCUCAGUUCACGACCAGGAUCGUCAAAGCUAAGCACCCGAUCAAUUUGCUGGGGGUGACUCAGAGAGCCGGGGAGCCGACCAGGAAAUACUUGGAUCGCUUCAACGAUGAGUGCCUCGAGAUUGACGGCUUGACGGACUCGGUGGCAAGUUUGUGUCUGACGAAUGGCCUCUCGAAUGAGGACUUUAGGAAACAUCUUACCACAAAGCCCGUCUGGACAAUGCAAGAGAUCCAGUGCGUGGCCAAAGAGUACAUCAACGAUGAGGAAGUUAGCCGGGUCGUGGCUGCUAAUAAACGGCAACCCGCGUACAACCAAACCCGGCACUACGAAAGCAGAGAGAGGCCAAAGGAACACGCCAGGGACGGCGGUCUAGGCAAAGCACCCAAACCUGUUCCUAGAGUCGGGAAGUUCACUAACUAUACCCCCCUCACGGCGACGAUCACCGAAGUUUACCAACAGAUUGCAGAGAAGGGGAUACUGUCGAGGCCCCGACCUCUGAAAGACAGGACGGGGGGAAACAAGAACCUCUACUACGACUAUCACAAGGGUUACGGGCACAAGACCCAAGACUGCUUCGACCUAAAGGACGCUCUGGAACAAGCAAUCAGGGAUGGAAAACUAGCUGACUUCUCACACCUUAUAAGGGAGCCGAGGAGACGUAAUCGGGACCACGAUGGCGAGGACAGGUCCCGGUCAACAAGGCGACGCCAAGAACCAGAGGGCGACGACCACGGCCUCACGGUGGUAAACGUAGUAAUGGCCAGGAAUACCGCCCCAAGGUCAAAAUCGGCACAGAAAAAGGACGCCAAGGUCCUAACGGUCUCCUCCUCGUCUGCUAGAAGUUCCCGGAGUCUCCCAUCCAUCUCCUUCGGCCCAGAAGACCAAUGGUUCGACGAGGUGCCGGAAAGCCCACCCAUAGUCAUUAUGGCCAGGAUCCGAACAGGCCUCGUCAAACGAAUCCUGGGGCAGAGACGAAGAACAGUCAUGGCAGAUUUUGUAAUCUUACGGGAUUUCACAGCUUAUAACGUUAUCUUGGGGAGGAAAACCAUCAACGACCUGGGGGCUGCCAUUAGUACGAAGCUGCUCGUGAUGAAGUUUGUUGCUGAUGACGGAUCCGUAGGAUCUAUCAGAGGAGACUUGGAAACGGCGGUUGCCUGCGACCACGCCAGCCUCUCCCUCAGGAAAAAGUCCAAAGAAGCUUAA